AUGGCUUAUGAACAAGACAUGGGCAUCGAGAUGGCCCAGUCUCGUUUGGAACUUGGCCAGUCUCGUUUGGAAAUACAGCAGUCUCAACCAGACAUCCUCACAGCCGUAUCUUUUGGUGUUCCUAUUAUUCCCCAAGAUUCAGCUUCUCUCUUUCUCCAAAAACACGAACCUAUGCAGCUCUCUAGUCCUCAACUUUCGUUACCUUUUAUCCCUAUGCAACCUGUCGAUUCGCCGUCUAUUCUACCUCCCUCUUAUAUGUCUGAUCCCAAUCCUCACAUCGAUCCUUUCGCAAUGCUCGAGAGUUCGAUACCGAUGGACAUGACUCCCGAAAAUACGAUAGCUCUUACUCCUCAGGCACCUUCUCCUUCACUUCACGGCUCACCCUCGUCAUAUACCGUAGGUGUCACAUCAUCACUUGAGUCUGCCCUUGGCCCAGCCGCACUUCCAGGUGGUCGAAGCCGUGCCAAUACCUCCAUCUCCCCGACUAAUCCCAUACCCCCUUCUUUCCCAUCCAUGCCCACCCGUCAACUUCCUGCCUUUUCUCCUCCAGCGGAAGCCAUUGUCACUAAGCAAGAAGAUCUAGUGCCCCGUCAAUACAUCAAUCACCUCUUCAAAAACAUUGCAAAUAUUGCCGUCGAUGCUCAAGACGCUUUUCAGAAUCACCACAGCACUGAAACCAAUAUAAAGGUUGACCAACUGAAAUCAUGCAUAGAACAAGUCUGUAACAUGAUUGCUCUCGUAUCGGUCGGCGAGCAAACGCCUCUUUUGUUUCCUCCCGUAUCUCCUCCUUCUGCCAUUGUUGCUCCCGUUCCAGAGCUUUCCACUGGCUUUUCAUCGGCUGCUAUUGCUGCUCCGGUCGAAAAUGCUAAUCACUUGACCAUUUCCGAUCAAUCAAGGAAACGCUGCGCUUCGGAACUAGAGGAGCACAGAUCAGUGAAAGCACUGAAGCGAGAACCACAGGAGGAUAUUCCACUAUCAAUACCAAUAGUAGAACCGAUACCUAAUUCGGAUCCUUUUCCUGCGCCCCUUCCUCAUCCCCUUACUGUUUUGUCUCAGUCCCGUCCUCCAUCUCCCUCAUCUAUGUUUUCGCACCACGGUCCUUUCAGUUCUACAAACCAACAACAGCCUCCCAACUUUCCCAAUUUUAUUCCCAGUGCGACAGCGGCCUUGGAUCUAUCACCACCUCUCGUUGCGGGUGCCGAGUCAACUUUCCCCCCUCUGCAGUCGUCCUGGUCUGACCCCGUUGUCCCAACAACACGACACCAACACUCUUUAUCAGCCGGCUCAAUUUUAGGUCCUCCAGCACUUGCGUCAAAUAGUCUAGAUGCCUUUUCUGCACAAAUGCAGCCCAUACCACAACCACUUGCCUCCAAUUCAGCUAUCGGUCCUCCCGUCGGCAGGAUGUCGCGUUCUGGCUCAAUCAACGGUCCCCCUCCCUUCCCAAACUCGUUCAAUUAUGGAUACCGCGAUGCAUUCGCAGAUCCAGGCAACAACUGGCCUCCUGUGGCCAGAGUCUCAAAGCCCCCCGCCGUGCCACAGGCGACAACUUCAAAGGGGUGGUACUUUGGGUCUGAACCGACAGCACCUCUUGCUACAUCUCCGUCGAACACGUCUGACGGGCUCAGUACCGCCCCCAGCACCACGCAGAAUUCCCCGCCUUCCGACGAAGAGGACGAGGAUGGCUCCGAAUCUGACGGGAGCGAGUCCCAUCCAGGGAGGCUUGCGACACAUACCUCUUCCUCAGAUGCUCCUACAUCCCACCCGUCCACGGAUGUGCCAUCGGAAUAUCGAGCAGAAGUUGACCGCAUUUUCUUCGAAUAUUUGAAUCAAAUUUGUUCGAAUUUGGAUGCUACUGAUUCGAAGGGUGAUCAUAUUCACCAGACCCUGAUGGCGAAAAAGAUGCAACGUUUGGAUGAAUCGCCCGACUUUCGCCCGUUCAAGUUUCGUAUUCAAGCUUUUACAACCGCAUUUCUGGAAGAGCUCGCCAGACAAGGCUACCCAGAAGAAAAGAUUCCAAUGAAAAAGAUUCGAAACUACCUCUGGCGUCAGCAAUACAUCCUGCGCUUCAACGAGGAUGGAAAGAAAGCUAAAUCAAAAGGAAAUCAUAUUUGGAAUAUAGAAGCCAAAAAGGCUGGUGAUGGAAAAUGGGAAUUUCGUCCGUUUCAUCGAAAGUUAGCCGGAACGCCGCCAGGCGUGGCUUAUUGCGGCCUACGAUGGACCUGGACACCGCGGAUAUGGGAUCCUCAAGCCGCCUCGCAAAACUUUAUGGUGCAAUACACUUCUCCCCAUCUCCCGUCCUGGUUAAUGUGGAAAGAUGAUCAAUUAACGGGCAUUCCUACUCUCGAUGCAGAGAGCUGCCAGAUCACCGUUGUUGCCAAGUUCGUCGUCGAGAACCAGGAGUGCCAGCUCACACACAACUUCAAUCUCACUGUUGCACCCACCUCUACCAUUGAUCCGUCAUUCUCUCGCUCUCGUCGCCCGUCGCUCGUUGGCGACCCCCCCAGACGGAGCACAAGCGAUUCGGCCUUGUUCCAAGCGCCGCAAAGGGCCAAGCGCCCAGCCCAAGUCUUGGAGUCUCCCGACACCCGUGUCAAGCGGGUGUUGGAAAAUGUUGCACAGCGUGUAACAGAAGAGGCGGAGUCGCAAUUUGUCUCAACUUCUCCCCCGGAACAGGGCGCACUUCAGGAUCUUGUAAAACAAAAGCACGUUCUGGAGCAGACGGUAGACGCCUAUGACAAGGAAAUAACUGGUCACGGUCAUUCGCAGACCCGCCGCUUGGCAGUUGCAGCGCAGAAUGUUGUCGUUCAAGCUGCGCACAGAGUUAUAGCUGAUCGCACCGUUGCGACUGGUGGGAUCCCCACGCAACAGUCAGAAACGACGGCAAUGCAGAGCGUCACUGUUGGCGAGUUGACAGACGCUACGCAAGACGCCAUUGCAACAGCUGUGAAAAGAAACGGAACUGCUUCUACCGAGGUUGAUAUUAUUGUUGCUGCAACCUCGAUCCUCAAAGCUAGGACACCAAUACUCGAUAUUGUGCCGAGUAGUGUUCAACAACAACCACGCCCUCUAUUGCCUGGGGCUGGUUCAACCAGAUUUGCUGCAGGUACCAACCUGUCACCGCUCCCAGAAUAUGUGUAA